GUACGAGCCUAAAACAGCCCUAAAAAAAAAAGUGACUACAUUUGGGUAGGUACACUAAGGUGACGGGAGUGCUUGCAGGGAUCUAUGCCUUAUUUAUCGUAUCAUGAUCCGAUAAAUUGAGCCACUUACAAGUAAAGCUCAAGGUUACCUACAGCACUACAGCAUUGAAGUCUUUUUAUAAUUAUCGGCUUUCCCAACGCCACUUGAUCCAACCAUUUUCCUUAUUUUGUAGCCAUAUCCUUUUUCAUUACACUACAAGAAACCUAGGUGUUUGAAUUCAAGCGAUUCAUAGCCAACCCCUAAGAUGAAUACAAUCAGAUCAUUCUGGCUCGGCUGGGGUUCUCUCUGCCUUGCUGGCGGAGGAGCCUAUUAUUUUGCCAAGCGGAGCAUCAACGCUGAUAGGGCCGCACGCCUCGAGGAUAACCGCCGAAAGAAGCAGAGGAACGAUUCCCUCGAACACCCCAGCAACGUUCCUAGCUCGACGAACGGCAACGGCACUCCAGCCCGAACAGACACGGCAGGCUCGCCAAGCCAAGAAGCAAGCAACGAUCCAGCUCCAACAAGACAUGCACCAGCUACAGAAGGCCAACAAGUAUUCGAAAAGAGUAAAUACGAGAGCUCAGCGCCGUAUAAGAGUCCAAAAGGCGAUCGAUUCUCGUAGCAGUGGUCUGCGGUCUACGGUCUAGGCCGUUUGUGCCAUUACCUUUGAAGACCUUAUGACGAACAUUGCAAAGUCUUUUCGUGUAUACAAUUUAGUACCUAUGUAUCAACGAGGGCGGGGAGCAAAACAAGAGUCCACGGUGCUCCUGAGAUUGCAGUUGUGUAAACGUAAUGAAGCAUCGUGCUCUCUACAUGGAUGGGCUGAUUUGGCAGUUUAUGGGAUCGACAACCUAGGGCAUCAUUAUACGCUUUACAUACCUAUGUAAAUACUGAGCACUCCAUUGUACAAAUAAUCCCCUGUAUCUGUUAUACAAACGGGAUAUUAGAUAUAUCAGAAAAUUUCACCACUCUCAAUAUUGAUUUCUAUGAAAGAACAUUACUAGGCCCGAAUAGAGGCACAUGGCGUGAUAAAUCCGUGCGUUAAGUAUUUCAUUUCUAUAGAUUAAUAUCAACAUCCACAGCAAGUACAAUGCAUCUCUUCACG